AUGUCGUCCUCACCAACAGACUCGGUCAGCAUCUCCACAUCGCCAUCGCCAUCGCUGGGAAAACAAUUCAGUUUUUCUUAUUUGUUAUCAUUGAAUGCCAUAACAUGUGGUCUAGAGCUAUGUACUUCAGCAGCUUUCAGUUAUGUUCCACCGAUGUUGCUGAAAGCGGGGUUCUCGGAAUUCGCAAUGAGUUUUGUAAUGGGACUUGGACCCGUCUUCGCUCUCUUUGUUGUGCCGUUCCUGGGUGUUCUCAGUGAUAGAUGUACGAGUCAAUAUGGAAGAAGACGACCUUUCAUUUUUUACUUAUCGUUAGGGACUAUUUUAACAUUGGUGUUAAUUGCUAAUGGACACAAUAUCGGCAUGAUCAAUCUAGCAAUUGCUGUGAUUAUUUUAGAUUUUUGCACUCAGGCAUGUUACACACCCUUUGAAGCUUUGUUGUCAGACUCUUGUAAAAAUUCUCAUCAGCAUAACAGAAGCUUUAUGGUGUUUUCUUUUAUGACAAGUGUAGGUGGCUGCUUUGGCUACUGGCUAACUUCCAUUGAUUGGGAGAGGACGGCAUUCAGACAAUAUUUUGAUAGACAGGAACAUGCUGUGUUUGCUAUAUUGUUAAUUACAUUUACAACCUCAGCUGUUCUGUCCUUGUCCUUAGCAAGGGACACCCCUGUAUCACGGAAACCUUCGUUGUCUUCUCUGAAAACCAAUGGAAUGCUGCAGAUGGAUUCCCCUGCUGAGAAACAGAAGGACUCUGUAAUGAAUGGGGAUGCGGUGUUCAGUGUUUUGAUAUCAGACGGCUCAGAACUGCAGGGAAGGAAUCCUAUUCACAAUUUAGUCAAAACAAGGACUAAAGUGACACAGUACAAGUUCUGCAUUGAAAUCUUGCAUCGAUUUAUUCCUGGUUUUUUAUGUGACAAUGUGUUCAGUUUGUACAGUAGUAUUGUCACAAUGCCUUCUGUGUUAACCAAAUUAUGGAUUGCCCAUUUUACCACUUGCACCGCUGUGAUGGGAUUCAAAAUAUUUUUCACUGAUUUUGUUGGUGCUGCUAUUUAUGGUGGACAUCCUGAUGUUGCAGAGGGAACACAUUUACAAUAUAUUUACGACUCUGGUGUACGUAUGGGAAGCUGGGGAUUACUGCUUCACGGUCUAACAUCAUCCAUUUACGCAGUCUGCUUAGAAUCAUUAGUGAAUGUUAUUGGAACAAAAAGGACAUACAUAUUUGGUAUGGUGACAUUUACAAUUGCUACGUCCAUGAUGGUUUUCACAAAAAAUGUUGGCACAAUACUUUGGUUGUCUGCCAUUACUGGAUGCUCGUAUGCUACGAUAACCGCUCUGCCGUACACUGUCCUCAGCUCCUACCAUGGGAAUAUUCAGAAAUAUUACCCUGAUCUAAGUACAGAAGAUACGAGUCUCCAUGGCAAAGGAGUGGACGUAGCACUUCUGGAUAGUGCAUACUUUUUAUCAGAGACUGCAGCAGCGUUUUUAUUUGGUUCUGUUGUACAGUUGACAGGGUCCACUGUAAUGUACAUUCUAUGUUCGGCAAUAUUUGGUUUCAUUAGCUGCUUUUAUCUUUUCAGGAUUCAAUACUAAUUUAUUUGUAAAUAUUCAAAUAUCAGUAAAUUAUAUAUUUAUACUUUUUUUUUUUUUAUAGUUAUGAACUGUAUUUAAAAUGACAAAAGAUAGUCAUUGUUGAUAUUGAAAGCUUAACUGUUCCGGAGUUAAAACUUCAAAAUUUUAUUUCUGUAAAGAUUAAUGUCUAAAAAAAGUUUUAAAACAAAGUUCAUUCAGGUAUUUAUGAAUCUGCAUGUUUGUCAACGUUUCAAGUAAAGUCCAUCUAACCCUUUCUGAAAACUCAAAACAAGUUGUCCAAGCUUUAUAAGAAUUGUGCUGAUGUCCAAGCUGGAAGGAUAAAAGAAGCGACAAAAGCAGUAGGAGGGAGCAUAUGUCUUCAUCUUGAAAAAAUAGUUUUAACAG